AUGUCCCCAAGCCCCGUCUCGCCAGCAGCCAGCCGUCCCUGGCCCAUCAGAGCCCGGCGCAGCUCGGUCCUCCGCAGCCUCCCACACCGGGUGUUUGCAAGGAUUGGAUCUGAUAAGCAGCCGGGCCUAUCAAGGCAGAUGUGGGGUCAGGUCGGGCGUGCUGGCCCUUGGGAGCCGCGUCCUGGCCGCAGCAGCUGCCAGCCGCGAACCAUCGGAGACGGAAAGAGACGUGGUAACUACACCAACACGCUCCGAGAGCUGACUCAGAUGCUACCCGUUCCUCUGCAUACCAGCUACAAAAAGUUGACCAAGAAGGAAAUCUUGUUGCGCGUCCUCCGCUACAUUGAGCAUCUGCAGGCGAGCAUCAGCACUGCCAGGACCUUGCUCCAGCUCCGGCAUGGGGAGAAAGAAGAAUUUGGAGCGGGCGCAUCCACAUGUGCGGAGAUGUCCGCCUGUCAGCGAGGGUGCAGAGAUGGCACUCCGCCCGUCACCCCGCGGAGGAGGAGAGCCAAGCUCCUGAACGUUGGCAAGAAACCCUGCAAAGGAAAGCGAUCCCGCAGAUCAGGUUGGGACAGCAGCCAUUCCCCCUAG